CCCGACAGCAGGCGGAGAGUGAGACGUCUUCGCUUUUCCACCCCUCUCUGUAAAGCGUCCGUCUUUUCCGCUCCGCAGGAAUGUAUGGAUCCUGAACACUGGGCGAAAGGUCUACUAGUGACAGCUCGCAACAUUUCUAGGCAGGAAUGAAGACUCCCCGACCGCUGAGCUCAAGAUGGAGAGAGUGGUGGGUCCAUGUUGGGUUGAUCUGCAUCCCGCUGGUAGCCGUUCUACCUGCACAAUCCCGCCCCCCCAGCUGUCACCUGCCCUGCACAAGUGGCACAGUGCCGGGGAGCUGUUCCACUUCAGGGGCAGGGAGAUCUUCUACAGAGAUUCCUAUGGUGCUUUGGGAAGCUCCGAUGUCGUCAUUCUGCUCCACGGCUUCCCCACCUCCAGCUACGACUGGAACAAGAUCUGGGAGCCACUCACCCAGCGCUUCCAUCGAGUCAUUGCACUGGACUUCCUGGGUUUUGGCUUCAGUGACAAGCCACGACCCCAUAGGUACUCCAUCUUUGAGCAGGCCAGUGUGGUGGAGGCCCUCGUGGCUCACUUGGGUCUGAGCAACCAGCGAGUGAACCUGGUGUCUCAUGACUAUGGGGACACCGUGGCCCUGGAGCUGCUCUACAGGAGCGACCAAAAUCGCACAGGUCACCUGACCUUUAACAGCCUGUGUCUUUCUAAUGGAGGCAGCUGGUCCAGAGGUCGACAGUCACCAUCUUGGACGAACACAUCAGUCACUACCCUCAGCUGGAAGAUCCCACCGGCUUCCUCAAUGCAUAUUUUAAUUUUAUUCACUCUUUCUGAAGGGAUAACUCAUGCAAACGCCCGUGUUCAAGAACGAAUGCACAGAAACUGCAUAAUGUACAAGCUAUUCAGUACUUUAGCAACACUUCAAAGUGAUAAAUGACCUUUCCUGAUUAUUGUAAGGAGAAAUGCUGCAUCAGUUUGAGAUUUUAUCUCAAACGAUGGGCUAAUUUACCAGCGUCGACCCAUAAAAUCUCAAUUACCUGGCAUUGGAAGAUAUUAAAUGUGAGCAAGAAACAUGAUGAAUUAUACUUAAUGCAACUAACUGACUAAUCUGACAGUGACCGUGUUAAUUUAUGAACCCCCAGAGGAAGCAUGAUACUUAAAUGAUGUUGUGGGUUGUGUGAUUAUUGAUCUUGUCUGUGGGACUGUUUUGAUUCCUUCCACUUUCUGUUGGUUGGCUCCUGCGAUCAGCUGCACUCUGAAUUUUGAUAUGAUUUUCUACAUUUUUCUUGAUGUUAAUGAAAAAAGCUAAAUGUCAACUUUUCUUCAAAUAAAACUAGUUUUGUAAUAAAAAAAUUAAAAAAAAAAAAA